AUGAAAUUCACCGCCGGGAUCGUUGCGGCGCUUACUAGCUGCGCCGCGGCCGCUACAACCACUGGACAAGCCUUUACCUUUCCCCGCGAUGAGUCCGCCUCGACAGCUUCUCUCGGCCGCAGCCUAGCCAGGCUCGUGUUCCUCCAACGCCUAGCCAACCCUGGCGAGGGUCCAACUGUCGGGGAUAUUCCCGAAGACGUCGGCGCCGACGAGGCCAUUGCUACAUUGAACAAAUUCGCCUCUUCCAGCGAUGCGUUAUUCACAGCGGAGUCGACGGCCAAGCGACUGCUUGUCAUGAUUGACGGCAUGACUGCGCAACAGAUCAAAGAUGCUGGGAAAGCUCUGGGUCAGGAUGUGGCUUUUACGAUAAGCGAUCUGCCUUCUUCCACAGCCAACCGCGAUCUAUUUGAAAUCGAUGCAUUCAAUGCGGGGGCGACGAAACAACACAGCUGCUCUCUGAGCGAGAUUGUGCAGAUGAAAGAUGACAAGUGCUGGGGUGAAUCGUCUACUGCUGCCAGAUACAAUGUCGCAGAGAAGCCAGAUUCGAUGAAGAGUAACCUGGAUGCUCUGCGAUCCAUCCCCAAGCUUGCCAAGACCGGAAGCAUCGAAGCGACGGUCGUUCUCCUGCCUGACACGAGCGCGAAUGCAAAGCCUUCAUGGUCCGACAAGCCUCAAGAGCUGCGCCGUCGACAAGCUGAACAGGUCAUUUCUUCCAACCACAAGGCAGCUCCUGUGAGCGUUACUCACCCCGCCGCAAGCUCCUCGACAUUGCACGCCCUGAAGAAGGCUGUCCCUUCGUGCUUCAACUCCAAUGAGACCUGCAUUGCCGGAACGGACAACUGCUCAGGGCAUGGCACAUGCGUGAACAAGUACGGCGCCAUCCCGGAGAAUCCGAAGGAAGGAGAGGUUUGUUUCGUAUGCCUUUGCAAACCUACCCACAACAAUAACAGCGGGCCUACGCACUGGGGUGGUGCAUCAUGCGGCAAGCAAGACGUUAGCGUGCCGUUCUGGCUCUUUUUCGGAUUCACCAUUGGUAUCAUUGCCGUUGUCUGGAUGUCCAUCAGCUUGCUUUUCAGCGUCGGCGAGGAGAAACUGCCUGGGGUGAUUGGCGCUGGCGUAUCGCGCUCCAAGUAA